UAUCGUCACUUCCGGAAGUGGAUUUCACCGCAAAUCCCUCAAUUGUUUUUAACGUCCAGUCCAUUCGAAUAACUUUCAGCAUGACAGACGGAGAAUUGAUUUCUGUGGAUUAUGAAGUGUUUGGAAAAGUGCAAGGGGUGUUUUUUCGGAAAUAUACACAGACCCAGGGCAAGAAGCUCGGCCUUGUAGGUUGGGUCCAGAACACAAGUGCGGGAACUGUGCAAGGGCAGAUCCAGGGCCCACGCAAAAAGGUGAUAGAAAUGAAACAUUGGCUCAAAUCCACUGGGAGUCCCAAAUCACAGAUUACCAAGGCAGAGUUCAAGAAUGAGAAAACAGUUGUCAGUCUUGAUCACUCAUCUUUUGACAUUGUAAAAUGACAUGCACAUUAUUAGUCUACAAGCAGUUAUUUAUUUUGUCUGACCUUUGUUGAAAUUCAUUAUCUAUCAUGUAUUGAAAAGGUGAAUAUUCCUUACAUCCACAGUAUCUGGAAAAGCUUUCAUCAAUAAAACAAAAAACGCA